AUGGCGAUUCCCACUAUCGUUGUAGUACCGGGGGCAGCACAUGGCGUGGAGUUCUACUCGUCCCUGUUAUCGAGCCUCGAAGCCAAGGGCUAUCCAGCCAUCUGCCAGAAUCCUCCCAGCAUCACUGCAGAGGACGCAACAACCGUCACUGUCGAUGCUGAUGUCAGCUUCGUUCGGAAUCAGGUGCUUACCCCUCUCCUCGCGGAAGGCAAGGACAUCGUCCUUCUGAUGCAUUCGUACGGUGGCACCUACGGAGCCGCAGCUGUCCAAGGCUUGAGCAAAAAGGAGCGGUCCGAGAAAGGAGAACAAGGUGGAGUUAUUGGCUUGAUUUACGCGGCAUCUUUCACUUCCGAACCCGGCCAAUCGGCGCUGGCAACAUUGAACAUUACGACCCUGCCUGGAUGGGUUGCUACUGGGAGCAAGCCUGGAACACUCACCUUCUCUGACCGAACGUGGUUGUGGCCAGAUAUCUCGGCCGAGGAGGCCGCGGAAUGGAUGUCAAAGCUUAGCCCCGUUUCGAUGACCGCCCUGGCAACUCCAAUCUCUUAUGCACCAUUCCAGGAUCCCUACUACAACGAUUCCUUGGCAUACGUGCAUCUCCUUCGGGACGCUAUUGUUCUGCCAGAACUUAGGGAGAUAUAUAUUGAGAAGAGUGGUAUUACGCUUACGGCUAGUAUUGACGGUCCGCAUGGCAUUGGUGUUGAGGUCACGGAAGAGGUGGCCAAUGUCGCCGUCGAGCUGGUGGAAAAGUUUGUCACUCGAGCUUCCUAG